AGAUUGGGUGUCUCCCCUCUCUCCCUUUCCCCACUUUUUACGCAGUGAUGUCGACCGAGUCCCUCGCCUGCACCUACGCGGCGCUGCUGCUGCACGACGCCGGCGUCCCGGUUACCGCCGACAACAUCUCGGCCGCCGUGAAGGCCGCCGGUGUGGAGGUGCGCCCGACGCUGCCCAUCAUCUUCGCCCGCUUCCUCGAGAAGAAGUCGGUGGACUCGCUCAUGGCGGCCGCGGCGGCCGUGGCGCCGGCGGCGGCGGAGGCUCCUGCGGCUGCGGCCGGCGGUGCUGCCCCGGCUGCCGGCGGCAAGGCCAAGGAGGAGAAGAAGAAGGAGGUCGAGGAGGAGGGCGACGACGACAUGGGCUUCGGUCUGUUCGACUAA